CUGCUGCUGCUAAGUUAACAAAUUUCACGUCACAUGCCGGUGAUAAUAAACCUGAUUCUGAUUCUGAUUCAAGAACCUAUCAAAUUCCUUUUACUGACACCGCUACAACGUGUUUUUAUCGCUGGCUGUCCAGACGGAAGGUGCUGAAACGCUUUGUCGCGUGUCUGGAAGAAGUGAAAACUUUCCUGGGCAGCAAAGGGCUCACCUUUCCUGAGCUGGAACAGCCAGAGUGGCUGGAAAAGCUACACUUCAUGGUAGACAUGACAGCGCACCUGAACACGCUGAACACAGCUCUUCAGGGGAAAGGACGUACAGCCCUGCACAUGUUGGAGGAUGUUUUGGCAUUCGAGCGCAAGUUGACAGUGCUUGCCAGAGAUUUACAGAAAGGCACUUUGUCUCACUUCCCCAAUUUGAGAGAGUUCAAACAAGGUCACGACAUGAUAAUUUCGGAGUAUUUACAUUCUGCAAUCAUCGCAAUGCAAACAUCGUUUGGGAAACGCUUCUGUGAGUUCAGAGAGGAAAAAAACACAUUAUCCUUCCCGGUCACUCCCUUAAGCAUCGAUCCUUCCCUACUGAAUACGACUGCAUUGGCAGGUGUGAGUCAACCUGAUCUUGAGAUGGAACUGGCCGACAUAGCCGACAAAGACAUAUGGGUGUCCAAGUUUAGACGCUUGACAGCAGACCUUGAAGAUGUUGCCCGUCAGAAGGCCGUUCUUGCUCAGAAACACAAAUGGAGUGAUAUUGAAAACCUCACAGAUGACAGCUUGCGAUCCUGUGUAAAGAUGAAGGUGACAUCAUACAGCCCUGAUGUGCAGACGCUGUGCGCUGAGGUCCAGGAGCAGAAAUCCCAUUAACCAAGAUGACAGCUGGCUGACGUUAUUUUUGGUUUGCUGCUGGCGGAAAAUUUAAGUUCAGCGUUUUUCAUAAAUACAAGAAGGACUCAAAUAGACAUCGAGUAUUUUACUUAAAAGUAACUUUCAACCCAACGUCUUUUUUUCGGAGUUCAAAAUGUUUUUGUUGCAUGCAGAAAUGUAAUUUCGUUUUCUCUGCAGGAGUUCAUCAAUUUCAUAAAUGCAACACAUUAUAGUUUGUUUAUACAUAGCAUAAAGGCAAAAAAAAACGUUGUAUGCAGUGUUAUUUCAUUUUAAAUGUCAAACGGGUUUUGCGGCUCCCAGUGUUUUCUUUUCUGUGGGAAACGGGUCCAAGUGGCUCUUUCAGUGGUAAAGGUUGCUGACCCCUGGUCUAGGCCUUUCAACAUUCGAAAGGUUUCAAUGAGAUCCCCCCUCAUCCUUCUGA